AUGUUCUCGGAGCUGAUCGGCGGGCAGCAUGGGUCGGGCGGGCAGCAUGGGUUGGGCGGGCAGCAUGGGUUGGGCGGGCAACAUGGGUUGGGCGGGCAGCAUGGGUUGGGCGGGCAGCAUGGGUUGGGCGGGCAGCAUGGGUUGGGCGGGCAGCAUGGGUUGGGCGGGGCAGCAUGGGUCGGGCGGGGCAGCAUGGGUCGGGCGGGCAAGCAUGGGUUGGGCGGGCAGCAUGGGUUGGGCGGGCAGCAUGGGUGGGGCGGGCAGCAUGGGUUGGGCGGGCAGGCAUGGGUUGGGCGGGCAGCAUGGGUUGGGCGGGCAGCAUGGGUUGGGCGGGCAGCAUGGGUUGGGGCGGGCAGCAUGGUUGGGCGGGCAGCAUGGGUUGGGCGGGCAGCAAUGGGUGUCGGGCGGGCAGGCAUGGGACGGCGGGCAGCAAUGGUUGGGGCGGCAGCAUGGGUUGGGCGGCAGCAUGGUUGGGCGGGCAGCAUGGGUUUGGGCGGGCAGCAUGGAUUGGGCGGGCAGCAUGGGUUGGGCGGGGCAGCAUGGGUUGGGCGGGCAGCAUGGGUUGGGCGGGCAACAUGGGUUGGGCGGGAGCAUGGGUUGGGCGGGGCAGCAUGGUUGGGCGGGCAGCAUGGGUCGGGGCGGGCAGCAUGGUUGGGCGGGCAGCAUGGGUCGGGCGGGCAGCAUGGGUUGGGCGGGCAGCAUGGGUUGGGCGGGCAGCAUGGGUCGGGCGGGCAGCAUGGGUCGGGCGGGAAGCAUGGGUCGGGCGGGCAGCAUGGGUUGGGCGGGCAGCAUUGGUUGGGCGGGCAGCAUGGGUUGGGCGGGGGGGCAGCAUGGGUCGGGCGGGCAGCAUGGGUCGGGCGGGCAGCAUGGGUUGGGCGGGCAGCAUGGGUUGGGCGGGCAGCAUGGGUUGGGCGGGCAGCAUGGGUUGGGCGGGCAGCAUGGGUUGGGCGGGGCAGCAUGGGUUGGGCGGGCAGCAUGGGUUGGGCGGGCAGCAUGGGUGGGCGGGGGCAGCAUGGGUUGGGCGGGCAGCAUGGGUUGGGCGGGCAGCAGGGGUGGGCGGGCAGCAUGGGUUGGCGGGCAGCAUGGGGUUGGGCGGGCAGCAUGGGUUGGGCGGGCAGCAUGGGGUGGGCGGGGCAGCAUGGAUUGGGCGGGCAGCAUGGGUUGGGCGGGGCAGCAUGGGGGGCGGGCAGCAUGGGUUGGGCGGGCAGCAUGGGGUCGGCGGGCAGCAUGGGUUGGGCGGGCAGCAUGGGUUGGCGGGCAGCAUGGGUGGGCGGGCAGCAUGGGUUGGGCGGGCAGCAUGGGUUGGGCGGGCAGCAUGGGUUGGGCGGGCAGCAUGGGUUGGGCGGGCAGCAUGGGUCGGGCGGGCAGCAUGGGUUGGGCGGGGCAGCAUGGGCCGGGCGGGCAGCAUGGGUUGGGCGGGCAGCAUGGGUUGGGCGGGCAGCAUGGGUCGGGCGGGCAGCAUGGGUCGGGCGGGCAGCAUGGGUCGGGCGGGCAGCAUGGGUUGGGCGGGCAGCAUGGGUUGGGCGGGCAGCAUGGGUUGGCGGGCAGCAUGGGUUGGGCGGGCAGCAUGGGUUGGGGCGGGCAGCAUGGGUCGGGGCGGGCAGCAUGGGUUGGGCGGGCAGCAUGGGUUGGGCGGGCAGCAUGGGUCGGGGCGCGGCAGCAUGGGUGGGCGGGCAGCAUGGGUUGGGCGGGCAGCAUGGGUUGGGCGGGCAGCAUGGGUUGGGCGGGCAGCAUGGGUGGGGCGGGCAGCAUGGGUUGGGCGGGGCAGCAUGGGUUGGGCGGGCAGCAUGGGUUGGGCGGGCAGCAUGGGUUGGCGGGCAGCAUGGGUUGGGCGGGCAGCAUGGGUUGGGCGGGCAGCAUGGGUUGGGCGGGCAGCAUGGGUUGGGCGGGCAGCAUGGGUUGGGCGGGCAGCAUGGGUUGGGCGGGCAGCAUGGGUUGGGCGGGCAGCAUGGGUUGGGCGGGCAGCAUGGGUUGGGCGGGCAGCAUGGGUCGGGCGGGGCAGCAUGGGUCGGGCGGGCAGCAUGGGUGGGCGGGCAGCAUGGGUGGGCGGGCAGCAUGGGUUGGGCGGGCAGCAUGUGUGGGCGGGCAGCAUGGGUUGGGCGGGCAGCAUGGGUUGGGCGGGCAGCAUGGGUUGGGCGGGCAGCAUGGGUUGGGCGGGCAGCAUGGGUGGGCGGGCAGCAUGGGUCGGGCGGGCAGCAUGGGUCGGGCGGGCAGCAUGGGUUGGGCGGCAGCAGCAUGGGUUGGUGCGGGCAGCAUGGGUUGGGCGGGCAGCAUGGGUUGGGCGGGCAGCAUGGGUUGGGCGGGCAGCAUGGGUCGGGCGGGCAGCAUGGGUUGGGCGGGCAGCAUGGGUUGGGCGGGCAGCAUGGGUUGGGCGGGCAGCAUGGGUUGGGCGGGCAGCAUGGGUUGGGCGGGCAGCAUGGGUUGGGCGGGCAGCAUGGGUUGGGCGGGCAGCAUGGGUUGGGCGGGCAGCAUGGGUUGGGCGGGCAGCAUGGGUUGGGCGGGCAGCAUGGGUUGGGCGGGCAGCAUGGGUUGGGCGGGCAGCAUGGGUUGGGCGGGCAGCAUGGGUUGGGCGGGCAGCAUGGGUGGGCGGGCAGCAUGGGUCGGGCGGGCAGCAUGGGCUCGGAUUGGGCGGGCAGCAUGGGUUGGGCGGGCAGCAUGGGUUGGGCGGGCAGCAUGGGUUGGGCGGGCAGCAUGGGUCGGGCGGGCAGCAUGGGUUGGGCGGGCAGCAUGGGUUGGGCGGGCAGCAUGGUUGGGCGGGCAGCAUGGGUCGGGCGGGCAGCAUGGGUCGGGCGGGCAGCAUGGGUUGGGCGGGCAGCAUGGGUUGGGCGGGCAGCAUGGGUUGGGCGGGCAGCAUGGGUUGGGCGGGCAGCAUGGGUUGGGCGGGCAGCAUGGGUUGGGCGGGGCAGCAUGGGUCGGGCGGGCAGCAUGGGUCGGGCGGGCAGCAUGGGUUGGGCGGGCAGCAUGGGUUGGGCGGGCAGCAUGGGUUGGGCGGGCAGCAUGGGUCGGGCGGGCAGCAUGGGUCGGCGCGGGCAGCAUGGGGUCGGGCGGGCAGCAUGGGUCGGGCGGGCAGCAUGGGUCGGGCGGGCAGCAUGGGUCGGGCGGGCAGCAUGGGACGGGCGGGCAGCAUGGGUCGGCGGGCAGCAUGGGUUGGGCGGGCAGCAUGGGUUGGGCGGGCAGCAUGGGUUGGGCGGCAGCAUGGAUUGGGCGGGCAGCAUGGGUUGGGCGGGCAGCAUGGGUUGGGCGGGCAGCAUGGGUGGGCGGGCAACAUGGGUUGGCGGGCAGCAUGGGUUGGGCGGGCAGCAUGGGUUGGGCGGGCAGCAUGGGUCGGGCGGGCAGCAUGGGUCGGGCGGGCAGCAUGGGUUGGGGGCGGGGCAGCAUGGAUUGGGCGGGCAGCAGCAUGGGUUGGGCGGGCAGCAUGGGUUGGGCGGGCAGCAUGGGUUGGGCGGGCAGCAUGGGUCGGGCGGGCAGCAUGGGUUGGGCGGGCAGCAUGGAUUGGGCGGGCAGCAUGGGUUGGGAGGGCAGCAUGGGUUGGGCGGGCAGCAUGGGUUGGGCGGGCAGCAUGGGUUGGGCGGGCAGCAUGGGUUGGGCGGGCAGCAUGGGUUGGGCGGGGCAGCAUGGGUGGGGGGGCAGCAUGGGUUGGGCGGGCAGCAUGGGUCGGGCGGGGCAGCAUGGGUCUGGCGGGCAGCAUGGGUCGGGCGGGCAGCAUGGUCGGGGCGGGCAGCAUGGGGGGGGGCGGCAGCAGUGGGGUUGGGCGGGCAGCAUGGGUUGGGCGGGCAGCAUGGGUGGGCGGGCAGCAUGGGUCGGCGGGCAGCAUGGGUCGGGCGGGCAGCAUGGGUUGGGCGGGCAGCAUGGGUUGGGCGGGCAGCAUGGGUCGGGCGGGCAGCAUGGGUCGGGCGGGCAGCAUGGGUCGGGCGGGCAGCAUGGGUUGGGCGGGCAGCAUGGGUUGGGCGGGCAGCAUGGGUUGGGCGGGCAGCAUGGGUCGGGCGGGCAGCAUGGGUCGGGCGGGCAGCAUGGGUCGGGCGGGCAGCAUGGGUCGGGCGGGCAGCAUGGGUUGGGCGGGCAGCAUGGGUUGGGCGGGCAGCAUGGGUUGGGCGGGCAGCAUGGGUUGGGCGGGCAGCAUGGGUCGGCGGGCAGCAUGGGCUGGGCGGGCAGCAUGGGUUGGGCGGGCAGCAUGGGUUGGGCGGGCAGCAUGGGUUGGGCGGGCAGCAUGGGUUGGGCGGGCAGCAUGGGUUGGGCGGGCAGCAUGGGUUGGGCGGGCAGCAUGGGUUGGGCGGGCAGCAUGGGUUGGGCGGGCAGCAUGGGUUGGGCGGGCAGCAUGGGUUGGGCGGCAGCAUGGGUUGGGCGGGCAGCAUGGAUUGGGCGGGCAGCAUGGGUUGGGCGGGCAGCAUGGGUUGGGCGGGCAGCAUGGGUUGGGCGGGCAGCAUGGGUUGGGCGGGCAGCAUGGGUUGGGCGGGGCAGCAUGGGUUGGCGGGGCAGCAUGGGUCGGGCGGGCAGCAUGGGUCGGCGGGCAGCAUGGGUCGGGGCGGGCAGCAUGGGUUGGGCGGGCAGCAUGGGUUGGGCGGGCAGCAUGGGUUGGGCGGGCAGCAUGGGUUGGGCGGGCAGCAUGGGUUGGGCGGGCAGCAUGGGUUGGGCGGGCAGCAUGGGUCGGGCGGGCAGCAUGGGUCGGGGCGGGCAGCAUGGGCGGGCGGGCAGCAUGGGUUGGGCGGGCAGCAUGGGUCGGGCGGGGGCAGCAUGGGUCGGGCGGGCAGCAUGGGUCGGCGGGCAGCAUGGGUGGGGCGGGCAGCAUGGGUUGGGCGGGCAGCAUGGGUUGGGCGGGCAGCAUGGGUCGGGCGGGCAGCAUGGGUCGGGCGGGCAGCAUGGGUCGGGCGGGGCAGCAUGGGUUGGGCGGGCAGCAUGGGUUGGGCGGGCAGGGCAGCAUGGGUUGGCGGGCAGCAUGGGUUGGGCGGGCAGCAUGGGUUCGGGCGGGCAGCAUGGGUCGGGCGGGCAGCAUGGGUGGGCGGGCAGCAUGGGUCGGGCGGGCAGCAUGGGUCGGGGCGGGCAGCAUGGGUCGGGCGGGCAGCAUGGGUUGGGCGGGCAGCAUGGGUCGGGCGGGCAGCAUGUUGGGCGGGCAGCAUGGGUCGGGCGGGCAGCAUGGGUUUGGGCUUGGGCGGGAAGCAUGGGUUGGGCGGGCAGCAUGGGUUGGGCGGGCAGCAUGGGUCGGGCGGGCAGCAUGGGUCGGGCGGGAAGCAUGGGUCGGGCGGGCAGCAUGGGUUGGGCGGGCAGCAUGGGUUGGGCGCGGCAGCAUGGGUUGGGCGGCAGCAUGGGUCGGGCGGGCAGCAUGGGUCGGGCGGGCAGCAUGGGGUGGGCGGGCAGCAUGGUGGGCGGGCGGCAGCAUGGGGUUGGGCGGGCAGCAUGGGUCGGGCGGGCAGCAUGGGUCGGGCGAGCAGCAUGGGUCGGGGGGCGGGCAGCAUGGGUGGGCGGGCAGCAUGGGUCGGGCGGGCAGCAUGGGUCGGGCGGCAGCAUGGGUUGGGCGGGCAGCAUGGGUUGGGCGGGCAGCAUGGGUUGGGCGGGCAGCAUGGGUUGGGCGGGCAGCAUGGGUUGGGCGGGCAGCAUGGGUUGGGCGGGCAGCAUGGGUUGGGCGGGCAGCAUGGGUUGGGCGGGCAGCAUGGGUUGGCGCGGGCAGCAUGGGUUGGGCGGGCAGCAUGGGUUGGGCGGGCAGCAUGGGUUGGGCGGGCAGCAUGGGUUGGGCGGGCAGCAUGGGUUGGGCGGGCAGCAUGGGUCGGGCGGGCAGCAUGGGUUGGGCGGGCAGCAUGGGUUGGGCGGGCAGCAUGGGUUGGGCGGGCAGCAUGGGUUGGGCGGGCAGCAUGGGUUGGGCGGGCAGCAUGGGUGGGCGGGCAGCAUGGGUUGGGCGGGCAGCAUGGGUUGGGCGGGCAGCAUGGGUCGGGCGGGCAGCAUGGGUCGGGCGGGCAGCAUGGGUUGGGCGGGCAGCAUGGGUUGGGCGGGCAGCAUGGGUGGGCGGGCAGCAUGGGUUGGGCGGGCAGCAUGGGUUGGGCGGGCAGCAAUGGGUUGGGCGGGCAGCAUGGGUUGGGCGGGCAGCAUGGGUUGGGCGGGCAGCAUGGGUCGGGCGGGCAGCAUGGGUCGGGCGGGCAGCAUGGGUCGGGCGGGCAGCAUGGGUCGGGCGGGCAGCAUGGGUUGGGCGGGCAGCAUGGGUUGGGCGGGCAGCAUGGGUUGGGCGGGCAGCAUGGGUCGGGCGGGCAGCAUGGGCGGGGCGGGCAGCAUGGGUCGGCGAGGGGGGGGGCAGCAUGGGUUGGGCGGGCAGCAUGGGUUGGGCGGGCAGCAUGGGUUGGGCGGGCAGCAUGGGUUGGGCGGGCAGCAUGGGUUGGCGGGCAGCAUGGGUUGGGCGGGCAACAUGGGUGGGCGGGCAGCAUGGGUUGGGCGGGCAGCAUGGGUUGGGGGGCAGCAUGGGUGGGCGGGCAGCAUGGGUCGGGCGGGCAGCAUGGGUCGGGCGGGCAGCAUGGGUCGGGCGGGCAGCAUGGGUUGGGCGGGCAGCAUGGGUUGGGCGGGCAGCAUGGGUCGGGCGGGCAGCAUGGGUCGGGCGGGCAGCAUGGGUUGGGCGGGCAGCAUGGGUUGGGCGGGCAGCAUGGGUUGGGCGGGCAGCAUGGGUUGGGCGGGCAGCAUGGGUUGGGCGGGCAGCAUGGGAAGGGCGGGCAGCAUGGGUUGGGCGGGCAGCAUGGGUUGGGCGGGGCAGCAUGGGUUGGGCGGGCAGCAUGGGUUGGGCGGGCAGCAUGGGUGGGCGGGGCAGCAUGGGUGGGGCGGGCAGCAUGGGUUGGGCGGGCAGCAUGGGUUGGGCGGGCAGCAUGGGUUGGGCGGGCAGCAUGGGUUGGGCGGGCAGCAUGGGUUCGGGCGGGCAGCAUGGGUUGGCGGGCAGCAUGGGUUGGGCGGGCAGCAUGGGUUGGGCGGGCAGCAUGGGUUGGGCGGGCAGCAUGGGUCGGGCGGGCAGCAUGGGUCGGGCGGGCAGCAUGGGUUGGGCGGGCAGCAUGGGUUGGGCGGGCAGCAUGGGUGGUGGGCGGGCAGCAUGGGUGGGGCGGGCAGCAUGGGUUGGGCGGCCAGCAUGGGUUGGCGCGGCAGCAUGGGUUGGGCGGGCAGCAUGGUUGGGCGGGCAGCAUGGGUUGGGCGGGCAGCAUGGGUUGGGCGGGCAGCAUGGGUUGGGCGGGCAGCAUGGGUUGGGCGGGCAGCAUGGGUUGGGCGGGCAGCAUGGGUUGGGCGGGCAGCAUGGGUUGGGCGGGCAGCAUGGGUUGGGCGGGCAGCAUGGGUUGGGCGGGCAGCAUGGGUUGGGCGGGCAGCAUGGCGGGCAGCAUGGGUCGGGCGGGCAGCAUGGGUUGGGCGGGCAGCAUGGGUUGGGCGGGCAGCAUGGGUUGGGCGGGCAGCAUGGGUCGGGGCGGGCAGCAUGGGUUGGGCGGGCAGCAUGGGUUGGGCGGGCAGCAUGGGUCGGGCGGGCAGCAUGGGUCGGGCGGGCAGCAUGGGUCGGGCGGGCAGCAUGGGUUGGGGCGGGCAGCAUGGGUUGGGCGGGCAGCAUGGGUCGGGCGGGCAGCAUGGGUUGGGCGGGCAGCAUGGGUUGGGCGGGCAGCAUGGGUUGGGCGGGCAGCAUGGGUGGGCGGGCAGCAUGGGUUGGCGGGCAGCAUGGUUGGGGGGCAGCAUGGGUUGGGCGGGCAGCAUGGUUGGGCGGGCAGCAUGGGUUGGGCGGGCAGCAUGGGUUGGGCGGGCAGCAUGGGUUGGGCGGGCAGCAUGGGUUGGGCGGGCAGCAUGGGUUGGGCGGGCAGCAUGGGUUGGGCGGGCAGCAUGGGUCGGGCGGGCAGCAUGGGUCGGGCGGGCAGCAUGGGUUGGGCGGGCAGCAUGGGUUGGGCGGGCAGCAUGGGUUGGGCGGGCAGCAUGGUUCGGGCGGGCAGCAUGGGUCGGGCGGGGCAGCAUGGGUCGGGCGGGCAGCAUGGGUUGGGCGGGCAGCAUGGGUCGGGCGGGCAGCAUGGGUCGGGCGGGCAGCAUGGGUUGGGCGGGCAACAUGGGUUGGGCGGCAGCAUGGGUUGGGCGGGCAACAUGGGUUGGGCGGGCAGCAUGGGUUGGGGCGGGCAGCAUGGGUUGGGCGGGCAGCAUGGGUUGGGCGGGCAGCAUGGGUUGGGCGGGCAGCAUGGGUUGGGGGGCAGCAUGGGUUGGCGGGCAGCAUGGGUUGGGCGGGCAGCAUGGGUUGGGCGGGCAGCAUGGGUGGGCGGGCAGCAUGGGUUGGCGGGCAGCAUGGGUUGGGCGGGCAGCAUGGGUGGGGCGGGCAGCAUGGGUUGGGCGGGCAGCAUGGGUUGGGGCGGGCAGCAUGGGGUGGGCGGGCAGCAUGGGUUGGGCGGGCAGCAUGGGUUGGGCGCAGCAGCAUGGGUUGGGCGGGCAGCAUGGGUUGGGCGGGCAGCAUGGGUUGGGCGGGCAGCAUGGGUUGGGCGGGCAGCAUGGGUUGGGCGGGCAGCAUGGGUUGGGCGGGCAGCAUGGGUUGGGCGGGCAGCAUGGGUUGGGCGGGCAGCAUGGGUCGGGCGGGCAGCAUGGGUUGGGCGGGCAGCAUGGGUUGGGCGGGCAGCAUGGGUUGGGCGGGCAGCAUGGGUGGGGCGGGCAGCAUGGGUUGGGCGGGCAGCAUGGGUCGGGCGGGCAGCAUGGGUCGGGCGGGCAGCAUGGGUCGGGCGGGCAGCAUGGGUUGGGCGGGCAGCAUGGGUUGGCGGGGGCAGCAUGGGUCGGGCGGGCAGCAUGGGUUGCGGGCAGCAUGGGUUGGGCGGGCAGCAUGGGUUGGGCGGGCAGCAUGGGUUGGGCGGGCAGCAUGGGUUGGGCGGGCAGCAUGGGUUGGGCGGCCAGCAUGGGUUGGGCGGGCAGCAUGGGUUGGGCGGGCAGCAUGGCUUGGGCGGGCAGCAUGGGUUGGGCGGGCAGCAUGGGUUGGGCGGGCAGAUGGGUUGGGCGGGCAGCAUGGAUUGGGCGGGCAGCAUGGGUUGGGCGGCAGCAUGGGUUGGGCGGGCAGCAUGGGUUGGGCGGGCAGCAUGGGUUGGGCGGGCAACAUGGGUUGGGCGGGCAGCAUGGUUGGGCGGGCAGCAUGGGUUGGGCGGGCAGCAUGGGUUCGGGCGGGCAGCAGCAUGGGUUCGGGCGGGCAGCAUGGGUCGGGCGGGCAGCAUGGGUCGGGCGGGCAGCAUGGGUGGGCGGGCAGCAUGGGUUGGCGGGCGGGCAGCAUGGGUCGGGCGGGCAGCAUGGGUCGGGCGGGCAGCAUGGGUUGGGCGGGCAGCAUGGGUUGGGCGGGCAGCAUGGGUUGGGCGGGCAGCAUGGGUCGGGCGGGCAGCAUGGGUCGGCGGGCAGCAUGGGUCGGGCGCGGGCAGCAUGGGUUGGGCGGGCAGCAUGGGUUGGGCGGGCAGCAUGGGUUGGGCGGGCAGCAUGGGUUGGGCGGGCAGCAUGGGUUGGGCGGGCAGCAUGGGCGGGCGGGCAGCAUGGGCUGGGCGGGCAGCAUGGGUUGGGCGGGCAGCAUGGGUUGGGCGGGCAGCAUGGGUUGGGCGGGCAGCAUGGGUUGGGCGGGCAGCAUGGGUUGGGCGGGCAGCAUGGGUUGGGCGGGCAGCAUGGGUUGGGCGGGCAGCAUGUUGGUGGGCGGGCAGCAUGGGUUGGGCGGGCAGCAUGGGUUGGGCGGGCAGCAUGGGUUGGGCGGGCAGCAUGGAUUGGGCGGGCAGCAUGGGUUGGGCGGGCAGCAUGGGUUGGGGCGGGCAGCAUGGGUUGGCGGGCAGCAUGGGUUGGGCGGGCAGCAUGGGUUGGGCGGGCAGCAUGGGUUGGGCGGGCAGCAUGGGUCGGGCGGGCAGCAUGGGUCGGGCGGGCAGCAUGGGUCGGGCGGGCAGCAUGGGUUGGGCGGGCAGCAUGGGUUGGGCGGGCAGCAUGGGUUGGGCGGGCAGCAUGGGUUGGGCGGGCAGCAUGGGUUGGGCGGGCAGCAUGGGUUGGGCGGGCAGCAUGGGUCGGGCGGGCAGCAUGGGUCGGGCGGGCAGCAUGGGUCGGGCGGGGCAGCAUGGGUCGGGCGGGCAGCAUGGGUUGGGCGGGCAGCAUGGGUUGGGCGGGCAGCAUGGGUUGGGCGGGCAGCAUGGGUCGGGCGGGCAGCAUGGGUCGGGGCGGGCAGCAUGGGUCGGGCGGGCAGCAUGGGUUGGGCGGGGCAGCAUGGGUUGGCGGGCAGCAUGGCUUGGGCGGGCAGCAUGGGUUGGGCGGGCAGCAUGGGUUGGGCGGGCAGCAUGGGUUGGGCGGGCAACAUGGGUUGGGCGGGCAGCAUGGGUUGGGCGGGCAGCAUGGGUCGGGCGGGCAGCAUGGGUCGGGCGGGCAGCAUGGGUCGGGCGGGCAGCAUGGGUCGGGCGGGCAGCAUGGGUGGUUGGGCGGGCAGCAUGGGGUGGGCGGGCAGCAUGGGUUGGGCGGGCAGCAUGGGUCGGGCGGGCAGCAUGGGUCGGGGGGGGCAGCAUGGGUUGGGCGGGCAGCAUGGGUUGGGCGGGCAGCAUGGGUUGGGCGGGCAGCAUGGGUUGGGCGGGCAGCAUGGGUUGGGCGGGCAGCAUGGGUCGGGCGGGCAGCAUGGGUCGGGCGGGCAGCAUGGGUCGGGCGGGCAGCAUGGGUUGGGCGGGCAGCAUGGGUUGGGCGGGCAGCAUGGGUUGGGCGGGCAGCAUGGGUUGGGCGGGCAGCAUGGGUUGGGGCGGGCAGCAUGGGUUGGGCGGGCAGCAUGGGUUGGGCGGGCAGCAUGGGUUGGGCGGGCAGCAUGGGUUGGGCGGGGCAGCAUGGGUUGGGCGGGCAGCAUGGGUUGGGCGGGCAGCAUGGGUUGGGCGGGCAGCAUGGGUUGGGCGGGCAGCAUGGGUUGGGCGGGCAGCAUGGGUUGGGCGGGCAGCAUGGGUUGGGCGGGCAGCAUGGGUUGGGGCGGGCAGCAUGGGUUGGGGCGGGCAGCAUGGGUUGGGCGGGCAGCAUGGGUUGGGCGGGCAGCAUGGGUGGGCGGGCAGCAUGGGUUGGCGGGCAGCAUGGGUGGGCGGGCAGCAUGGGUUGGGCGGGCAGCAUGGGUUGGGCGGGCAGCAUGGGUUGGGCGGGCAGCAUGGGUUGGGCGGGCAGCAUGGGUUGGGGCGGGCAGCAUGGGUUGGGCGGGCAGCAUGGGUUGGGCGGGCAGCAUGGGUUGGGCGGGCAGCAUGGGUGGGGCGGGCAGCAUGGGUUGGGCGGGCAGCAUGGGUUUGGGCGGGCAGCAUGGGUUGGGCGGGCAGCAUGGGUUGGGCGGGCAGGCAUGGGUUGGGGCGGGCAGCAUGGGUUGGGCCGGGCGAGCAUGGGUUGGGCGGGCAGCAUGGGUUGGGCGGGCAGCAUGGGUUUGGGCGGGCAGCAUGGGUUGGGCGGGCAGCAUGGUCGGGAGGGCAGCAUGGGUUGGGCGGGCAGCAUGGGUUGGGCGGGGCAGCAUGGGUUGGGGCGGGCAGCAUGGGUUGGGCGGAGCAGCAUGGGUUGGGCGGGCAGCAUGGGUUGGGGCGGGCAGCAUGGGUUGGGCGGGCAGCAUGGUUGGGCGGGCAUGCAUGGCGGGCAGCAUGGGUCGGGGCGGGCAGCAUGGGUUGGGCGGGCAGCAUGGGUUGGGCGGGCAGCCAUGGGUUGGGCGGGCAGCAUGGGUCGGGCGGGCAGCAUGGGUUGGGCGGGCAGCAUGGGUUGGGCGGGCAGCAUGGGUUGGCGGGCAGCAUGGGUCGGGCGGGCAGCAUGGGUUGGGCGGGCAGCAUGGGUUGGGCGGGCAGCAGGGUUGGCGGGCAGCAUGGGUUGGGCGGGCAGCAUGGGUGGGCGGGGCAGCAUGGGUUGGGCGGGCAGCAUGGGUUGGGCGGGCAGCAUGGGUUGGGCGGGCAGCAUGGGUUGGGCGGGCAGCAUGGGUGGGGCGGGCAGCAUGGGUCGGGCGGGCAGCAUGGGUCGGGGCGGGCAGCAUGGGUCGGAGCGGGCAGCAUGGGUCGGGCGGGCAGCAUGGGUUGGGCGGGCAGCAUGGGUUGGGGCGGGCAGCAUGGGUCGGGCGGGCAGCAUGGGUCGGGCGGGCAGCAUGGGUUGGGCGGGCAGCAUGGGUUGGGCGGGCAGCAUGGGUUGGGCGGGCAGCAUGGGUUGGGCGGGCAGCAUGGGUCGGGCGGGCAGCAUGGGUCGGGCGGGCAGCAUGGGUCGGGCGGGCAGCAUGGGUCGGGCGGGGCAGCAUGGGUCGGGCGGGCAGCAUGGGUCGGGCGGGCAGCAUGGGUUGGGCGGGCAGCAUGGGUUGGGCGGGCAGCAUGGGUUGGGCGGGGCAGCAUGGGUUGGGCGGGCAGCAUGGGUUGGGCGGGCAGCAUGGGUUGGGCGGGCAGCAUGGUUGGGCGGGCAGCAUGGGUUGGGCGGGCAGCAUGGGUUGGGCGGGCAGCAUGGGUUGGGCGGGCAGCAUGGGUUGGGCGUGGGUGGGGCAGCAUGGGUUGGGCGGGCAGCAUGGGUUGGCGGGCAGCAUGGGUCGGGCGGGCAGCAUGGGUCGGGCGGGCAGCAUGGGUUGGCGGCAAGCAUCAGGGUUGGGCGGCAGCAUGGGUUGGGCGGGCAGCAUGGGUUGGGCGGGCAGCAUGGGUUGGGCGGGCAGCAUGGGUGGGCGGGCAGCAUGGGUUGGGCGGGCAGCAUGGGUUGGGCGGGCAGCAUGGGUUGGGCGGGCAGCAUGGGUUGGGCGGGCAGCAUGGGUUGGGCGGGCAGCAUGGGUUGGGCGGGCAGCAUGGGUUGGGCGGGCAGCAUGGGUUGGGCGGGCAGCAUGGGUUGGGCGGCGGGCAGCAUGGGUCGGGCGGGCAGCAUGGGUUGGGCGGGGCAGCAUGGGUUGGGCGGGCAGCAUGUGUUGGGGCGGGCAGCAUGGGUUGGGCGGGCAGCAUGGGUUGGGCGGGCAGCAUGGGUUGGGCGGGCAGCAUGGGUUGGGCGGGCAGCAUGGGUUGGGCGGGCAGCAUGGGUUGGGCGGGCAGCAUGGGUUGGGCGGGCAGCAUGGGUUGGGCGGGCAGCAUGGGUCGGGCGGGCAGCAUGGGUUGGGCGGGCAGCAUGGGUUGGGCGGGCAGCAUGGGUUUGGCGGGCAGCAUGGGUUGGGCGGGCAGCAUGGGUUGGGCGGGCAGCAUGGGUUGGGCGGGCAGCAUGGGUUGGGCGGGCAGCAUGGGUGGGGCGGGCAGCAUGGGUUGGGCGGGCAGCAUGGGUUGGGCGGGCAGCAUGGGUCGGGCGGGCAGCAUGGGUUGGGCGGGCAGCAUGGAUUGGGCGGGCAGCAUGGGUUGGGCGGGCAGCAUGGGUUGGGCGGGCAGCAUGGGUUGGGCGGGCAGCAUGGGUUGGGCGGGCAGCAUGGGUUGGGCGGGCAGCAUGGGUUGGGCGGGCAGCAUGGCGGGCAGCAUGGGUCGGGCGGGCAGCAUGGGUUGGGCGGGCAGCAUGGUUGGGCGGGCAGCAUGGGUUGGGCGGGCAGCAUGGGUUGGGCGGGCAGCAUGGGUCGGGCGGGCAGCAUGGGGUCGGGGCGGGCAGCAUGGGUCGGGCGGGCAGCAUGGGUCGGGCGGGCAGCAUGGGUCGGGCGGGCAGCAUGGGUCGGCGGCAGCAUGGUCGGGGCGGGCAGCAUGGGUUGGGCGGGCAGCAUGGGUCGGGCGGGCAGCAUGGGUCGGGCGGGCAGCAUGGGUUGGGCGGGCAACAUGGGUUGGGCGGGCAGCAUGGAUGGGCGGGCAGCAUGGGUUGGGCGGGCAGCAUGGGUGGGCGGGCAGCAUGGGGUUGGGCGGGCAGCAUGGGUUGGGCGGGGCAGCAUGGGUUGGGCGGGCAGCAUGGGUUGGGCGGGCAGCAUGGGUUGGGCGGGCAGCAUGGGUUGGGCGGGCAGCAUGGGUCGGGCGGGCAGCAUGGGUUGGGCGGGGCAGCAUGGGUUGGGGGGCGGGCAGCAUGGGUGGGGCGGCAGCAUGGGUCGUGCGGGCAGCAUGGGGUUGGGCGGGCAGCAUGGGUUGGGGCGGGCAGCAUGGGUUGGGCGGGCAGCAUGGGUCGGGCGGGCAGCAUGGUUGGGCGGGCAGCAUGGGUUGGGCGGGCAGCAUGGGUUGGGCGGGCAGCAUGGGUGGGCGGGCAGCAUGGGUUGGGCGGGCAGCAUGGGUUGGGCGGGCAGCAUGGGUCGGGCGGGGGGCAGCAUGGGUCGGGCGGCGCAGCAGCAUGGGUUGGCGGGCAGCAUGGGUUGGGCGGGCAGCAUGGGUUGGGCGGGCAGCAUGGGUUGGGCGGGCAGCAUGGGUUGGGGGGCAGCAUGGGUUGGGCGGGCAGCAUGGGUUGGGCGGGCAGCAUGGGUUGGGCGGGCAGCAUGGGUUGGGCGGGCAGCAUGGGUUGGGCGGGCAGCAUGGGUUGGGCGGGCAGCAUGGGUUGGGCGGGCAGCAUGGGUUGGGCGGGCAGCAUGGGUUGGGCGGCGGGCAGCAUGGGUUGGGCGGGCAGCAUGGGUUGGGCGGGCAGCAUGGGUGGGCGCGGGCAGCAUGGGUUGGGCGGGCAGCAUGGUUGGGCGGGCAGCAUGGGUCGGGCGGGCAGCAUGGGUUGGGCGGGCAGCAUGGGUUGGGCGGGCAGCAUGGGUCGGGCGGGCAGCAUGGGUUGGGCGGGCAGCAUGGGUUGGGCGGGCAGCAUGGGUUGGGCGGGCAGCAUGGGUUGGGCGGGCAGCAUGGGUUGGGCGGGCCAGGCAUGGGUUGGGCGGGCAGCAUGGGUUGGGCGGGCAGCAUGGGUUGGGCCGGGCAGCAUGGGUUGGGCGGGCAGCAUGGGUCGGCGGGCAGCAAUGGGUUUGGGGCGGGCAGCAUGGGUUGGGCGGGCAGCAUGGGUUGGGCGGGCAGCAUGGGUUGGGCGGGCAGCAUGGGUUGGGCGGGCAGCAUGGGUUGGGCGGGCAGCAUGGGUCGGGCGGGCAGCAUGGGUCGCACAGCCUUCCUACAGGUCGAGCUACGCUGGCUCACCUACCUGCUGACCGACUUGGGAGAGGCAGCAUGGGUUGGGCGGGCAGCAUGGGUUGGGCGGGCAGCAUGGGUUGGCGGGGCCUGGGGGGCCAAGCAUGGGUUGGGGCGGGCAGCAUGGGUUGGGCGGGCAGCAUGGGUUGGGCGGGCAGCAUGGGUUGGGCGGGCAGCAUGGGUUGGGCGGGCAGCAUGGGUGGGCGGGCAGCAUGGGUCGGGCGGGCAGCAUGGGGUCGGGCGGGCAGCAUGGGUCGGGCGGCAGCAUGGGUCGGGGCGGGCAGCAUGGGUUGGUGCGGGCAGCAUGGGUUGGGGCGGGCAGCAUGGGUUGGGCGGGCAGCAUGGGUUGGGGGGCAGCAUGGGUUGGGCGGGCAGCAUGGGUUGGGCGGGCAGCAUGGGUUGGGCGGGCAGCAUGGGUUGGGCGGGCAGCAUGGGUUGGGCGGGCAGCAUGGGUUGGGCGGGCAGCAUGGGUUGGGCGGGCAGCAUGGGUUGGGCGGGCAGCAUGGGUUGGGCGGGCAGCAUGGGUUGGGCGGGCAGCAUGGGUUGGGCGGGCAGCAUGGGUUGGGGCGGGCAGCAUGGGUUGGGCGGGCAGCAUGGGUCGGGCGGGCAGCAUGGGUCGGGCGGGCAGCAUGGGUCGGGGGGGCAGCAUGGGUGGGGGCGGGCAGCAUGGGUCGGGCGGGCAGCAUGGGUCGGGCGGGCAGCAUGGGUUGGGGCGGGCAGCAUGGGUUGGGCGGGCAGCAUGGGUCGGGCGGGCAGCAUGGGUUGGGCGGGCAGCAUGGGUUGGGCGGGCAGCAUGGGUUGGGCGGGCAGCAUGGGUUGGAGCGGGCAGCAUGGGUUGGGCGGGCAGCAUGGGUUGGGCGGGCAGCAUGGGUUGGGCGGGCAGCAUGGGUUGGGCGGGCAGCAUGGUUGGGCGGGAAGCAUGGGUCGGGCGGGCAGCAUGGGUUGGGCGGGCAGCAUGGGUUGGGCGGGCAGCAUGGGUGGGCGGGGCAGCAUGGGUCGGGCGGGCAGCAUGGGUCAAGCGGGCAGCAUGGGUUGGGUGGGCAGCAUGGGUUGGGCGGGCAGCAUGGGUUGGGCGGGCAGCAUGGGUUGGGCGGGCAGCAUGGGUUGGGCGGGCAGCAUGGGUUUGGCGGGCAGCAUGGUAGGGCGGGGCAGCAUGGGUUUGGGCGGGCCGCAUGGGUUGGGCGGGCAGCAUGGGUGGGCGGGCACCAUGGGGGUCGGGCGGGCAGCAUGGGUCGGGCGGGCAGCAUGGGUUGGGCGGGCAGCAUGGGUUGGGCGGCAGCAUGGGUUGGGCGGGCAGCAUGGGUUGGGCGGGCAGCAUGGGUCGGGCGGGCAGCAUGGGUCGGGGCGAAGGCAGCAUGGGUUGGGCGGGCAGCAUGGUUUGGGCGGGCAGCAUGGUUGGGCGGGCAGCAUGGGUCGGGCGGGCAGCAUGGUCGGGCGGGCAGCAUGGGUCGGGCGGGCAGCAUGGGUCGGGCGGGCAGCAUGGGUCGGGCGGGCAGCAUGGGUCGGGCGGGCAGCAUGGGUCGGGCGGGCAGCAUGGGUUGGGCGGGCAGCAUGGGUUGGGCGGGCAGCAUGGGUCGGGCGGGGCAGCAUGGGUCGGGCGGGCAGCAUGGGUUGGCGGGCAGCAUGGGUUGGGCGGGCAGCAUGGGUUGGGCGGGCAGCAUGGGUUGGGCGGGCAGCAUGGUUUGGGGCGGGCAGCAUGGGUUGGGCGGGCAGCAUGGGCUGGGCGGGCAGCAUGGGUUGGGCGGGCAGCAUGGGUUCGGGCGGGCAGCAUGGGUUGGGCGGGCAGCAUGGGUGGGGCGGGCAGCAUGGGUCGGGCGGGCAGCAUGGGUCGGGGCGGGCAGCAUGGGUUGGGCGGGCAGCAUGGGUUGGGCGGGCAGCAUGGGUCGGGCGGGCAGCAUGGGUCGGGCGGGCAGCAUGGGUUGGGCGGGCAGCAUGGGUUGGGCGGCAGCAUGGGUUGGGCGGGCAGCAUGGGUCGGGCGGGCAGCAUGGGUCGGGCGGGCAGCCAUGGGUCGGGCGGGCAGCAUGGGCGGGCGGGCAGCAUGGGUCGGGCGGGCAGCAUGGGUCGGGCGGGCAGCAUGGGUCGGGCGGGCAGCAUGGGUUGGGCGGGCAGCAUGGGUCGGGCGGGCAGCAUGGGUUGGGCGGGCAGCAUGGGUCGGGCGGGCAGCAUGGGUUGGGCGGGCAGCAUGGGUUGGGCGGGCAGCAUGGGUUGGGCGGGCAGCAUGGGUUGGGCGGGCAGCAUGGGUUGGGCGGGCAGCAUGGGUUGGGCGGGCAGCAUGGGUCGGGCGGGCAGCAUGGGUCGGGCGGGCAGCAUGGGUCGGGCGGGCAGCAUGGGUCGGGCGGUGCAGCAUGGGUUGGGCGGGCAGCAUGGGUCGGGCGGGCAGCAUGGGUUGGGCGGGCAGCAUGGGUUUGGGCGGGCAGCAUGGGCCGGGCGGGCAGCAUGGGUCGGGCGGGCAGCAUGGGUUGGGCGGGCAGCAUGGGUUGGGCGGGCAGCAUGGGUUGGGCGGGCAGCAUGGGUUGGGCGGGCAGCAUGGGUUGGGCGGGCAGCAUGGGUUGGGCGGGCAGCAUGGGUUGGGCGGGCGGGGCAGCAUGGGUUGGGCGGGCCAGCAUGGGGUUGGGCGGGCAGCAUGGGUCGGGCGGGCAGCAUGGGUUGGGCGGGCCAGCAUGGGUUGGGCGGGCAGCAUGGGUUGGCGGGCAGCAUGGGUUGGGCGGGCAGCAUGGGUUGGGCGGGCAGCAUGGGUUGGGCGGGCAGCAUGGGUCGGGCGGGCAGCAUGGGUCGGGCGGGCAGCAUGGGUCGGGCGGGCAGAGCAUGGGUCGGGGCGGGCAGCAUGGGUCGGGCGGGCAGCAUGGGUUGGGCGGGCAGCAUGGGUUGGGCGGGCAGCAUGGGUUGGGCGGGCAGCAUGGGUUGGGCGGGCAGCAUGGGUUGGGCGGGCAUGCAUGGGUUGGGCGGGCAGCAUGGGUUGGGCGGGCAGCAUGGGUUGGGCGGGCAGCAUGGGUUGGGCGGGCAGCAUGGGUUGGGCGGGCAGCAUGUGUCGGGGCGGGCAGCAUGGGUUGGGCGGGCAGCAUGGUCGGGCGGCAGCAGGGGUCGGGCGGGCAGCAUGGGUCGGGCGGGCAGCAUGGGUUGGGCGGGCAGCAUGGGUUGGGCGGAGCAGCAUGGGUUGGGCGGGCAGCAUGGGUUGGGCGGGCAGCAUGGGUUUGGGCGGGCAGCAUGGGUUGGGCGGGCAGCAUGGGUGUGGGCGGGCAGCAUGGGUUGGGCGGGCAGCAUGGGUCGGGCGGGCAGCAUGGGUUGGCGGGCAGCAUGGGUUGGGGGGGCGGGCAGCAUGGGUUCGGGCGGCGCAGCAUGGGUUGGGCGGGCAGCAUGGUUGGGCGGGGCAGCAUGGGUUUGGGCGGGCAGCAUGGGUUGGGCGGGCAGCAUGGGUUGGGCGGGCAGCAUGGGGUUGGGCGGGCAGCAUGGGUUGGGCGGGGCAGCAUGGGUUGGGCGGGCAGCAUGGGUUGGGCGGGCAGCAUGGGUUGGGCGGGCAGCAUGGGUCGGGCGGGCAGCAUGGGUCGGGCGGGCAGCAUGGGUCGGGCGGGCAGCAUGGGUCGGGCGGGCAGCAUGGGUCGGGCGGGCAGCAUGGGUUGGGCGGGCAGCAUGGGUUGGGCGGGCAGCAUGGGUUGGGCGGGCAGCAUGGGGUGGGCGGGCAGCAUGGGUUGGGCGGGCAGCAUGGGUUGGGCGGGCAGCAUGGGUUGGGCGGGCAGCAUGGGUUGGGCGGGCAGCAUGGGUUGGGCGGGCAGCAUGGGUUGGGCGGGCAGCAUGGGUCGGCGGGCAGCAUGGGUUGGGCGGGCAGCAUGGGUCGGGCAGGCAGCAUGGGUCGGGCCGGGCAGCAUGGGUCGGGCGCGGGCAGCAUGGGUUGGGCGGGCAGCAUGGGUUGGGCGGGCAGCAUGGGUUGGGCGGGCAGCAUGGGUUGGGCGGGCAGCAUGGGUUGGGCGGGCAGCAUGGGUUGGGCGGGCAGCAUGGGUUGGGCGGGCAGCAUGGGUUGGGCGGGCAGCAUGGGUUGGGCGGGCAGCAUGGGUCGGGCGGGCAGCAUGGGUCGGGCGGGCAGCAUGGGUCGGGCGGGCAGCAUGGGUCGGGGCGGGCAGCAUGGGUCGGGCGGGCAGCAUGGGUUGGGGCGGGCAGCAUGGGUUGGGCGGGCAGCAUGGGUUGGGCGGGGCAGCAUGGAUUGGGCGGGCAGCAUGGGUUGGGCGGGCAGCAUGGGUUGGGCGGGCAGCAUGGGUUGGGCGGGCAGCAUGGGUUGGGCGGGCAGCAUGGGUUGGGCGGGCAGCAUGGGUCGGGCGGGCAGCAUGGGUCGGGCGGCAGCAUGGGUUGGGCGGGCAGCAUGGGUUGGGGCGGGCAGCAUGGGUUGGGCGGGCAGCAUGGGUUGGGCGGGCAGCAUGGGUUGGGCGGGCAGCAUGGGUUGGGCGGGCAGCAUGGGUUGGGCGGGCAGCAUGGGUUGGGCGGGCAGCAUGGAUUGGGCGGGCAGCAUGGGGUUGGGCGGGCAGCAUGGGUUGGGCGGGCAGCAUGGGUCGGGCGGGCAGCAUGGGUUGGGCGGGCAGCAUGGGUUUGGGCGGGCAGCAUGGUUGGGUGGGCAGCAUGGGUUGGCGGGCAGCAUGGGUUGGGCGGGCAGCAUGGGUCGGGCGGGCAACAUGGGUUGGGCGGGCAGCAUGGGUUGGGCGGGCAGCAUGGGUUGGGCGGGCAGCAUGGGUUGGGCGGGCAGCAUGGGUUUGGGCGGGCAGCAUGGGUUGGGCGGGCAGCAUGGGUUGGGCGGGCAGCAUGGGUCGGGCGGGCAGCAUGGGUUGGGGCGGGCAGCAUGGUCGGGCGGGCAGCAUGGUUGGGCGGCAGCAUGGGUCGGGCGGGCAGCAUGGGUUGGGCGGGCAGCAUGGGUUGGGCGGGCAGUAUGGGUUGGGCGGGCAGCAUGGAUUGGGCGGGCAAGCAUGGGUUGGGCGGGCAGCAUGGAUCGGGCGGGCAGCAUGGGUUGGGCGGGCAGCAUGGGUUGGGCGGGCAGCAUGGGUCGGGCGGGCAGCAUGGUUGGGCGGGCAGCAUGGGUCGGGCGGGCAGCAUGGGUUGGGCGGGCAGCAUGGGUUGGGCGGGCAGCAUGGAUCGGGCGGGCAGCAUGGGUCGGGCGGGCAGCAUGGGUUGGGCGGGCAGCAUGGGUCGGGCGGGCAGCAUGGGUCGGGCGGGCAGCAUGGGUCGGGCGGGCAGCAUGGGUUGGGCGGGCAGCAUGGGUUGGGCGGGCAGCAUGGGUUGGGCGGGCAGCAUGGGUUGGGCGGGCAGCAUGGGUUGGGCGGGCAGCAUAGGUUGGGCGGGCAGCAUGGGUUGGGCGGGCAGCAUGGGUUUGGGCGGGCAGCAUGGGUCGGGCGGGCAGCAUGGGUCGGGCGGGCAGCAUGGGUCGGGCGGGGCAGCAUGGGUCGGGCGGGCAGCAUGGGUUGGGCGGGCAGCAUGGGUUGGGCGGGCAGCAUGUGUUGGGCGGGCAGCAUGGGUUGGGCGGGCAGCAUGGAUUGGGCGAACAGCAUGGGUUGGGCGGGCAGCAUGGAUCGGGCGGGCAGCAUGGGUUGGGCGGGCAGCAUGGGUUGGGCGGGCAGCAUGGGUCGGGCGGGCAGCAUGGGUUGGGCGGGCAGCAUGGUUGGGCGGGCAGCAUGGAUUGGGCGGGCAGCAUGGGUUGGGCGGGCAGCAUGGAUUGGGCGGGCAGCAUGGGUCGGGCGGGCAGCAUGGGUUGGGCGGGCAGCAUGGGUUGGGCGGGCAGCAUGGCAUGGGUUGGGCGGGCAGCAUGGGUUGGGCGGGCAGCAUGGGUCGGGCGGGCAGCAUGGGUUGGGCGGGCAGCAUGGGUUGGGCGGGCAGCAUGGGUUGGCGGGCAGCAUGGGUUGGGCGGGCAGCAUGGGUUGGUCGGGCAGCAUGGGUUGGGCGGGCAGCAUGGGUCGGGCGGGCAGCAUGGGUUGGGCGGGCAGCAUGGGUUGGGCGGGCAGCAUGGGUUGGGCGGGCAGCAUGGGUUGGGCGUGCAGCAUGGGUUGGGCGGGCAGCAUGGGUUGGGCGGGCAGCAUGGGUUGGGCGGGCAGCAUGGGUUCGGGCGGGCAGCAUGGGUCGGGCGGGCAGCAUGGGUCGGGCGGGCAGCAUGGGUUGGGCGGGCAGCAUGGGUUGGGCGGGCAUCAUGGGUUGGGCGGGCAGCAUGGGUUGGGCGGGCAGGCAUGGGUCGGGCGGGCAGCAUGGGUUGGGCGGGCAGCAUGGUUGGGGGGCGGGCAGCAUGGGUUGGGCGGGCAGCAUGGGUCGGGCGGGCAGCAUGGGUUGGGCGGGCAGCAUGGGUUGGGCGGGCAGCAUGGGUUGGGCGGGCAGCAUGGGUUGGGCGGGCAGCAUGGGUUGGGCGGGCAGCAUGGGUUGGGCGGGCAGCAUGGGUUGGGCGGGCAGCAUGGGUUGGGCGGGCAGCAUGGGUUGGGCGGGCAGCAUGGGUUGGGCGGGCAGCAUGGGUUGGGCGGGCAGCAUGGGUUGGGCGGGCAGCAUGGGUUGGGCGGGCAGCAUGGGUUGGGCGGGCAGCAUGGGUCGGGCGGGCAGCAUGGGUUGGGCGGGCAGCAUGGGUUGGGCGGGCAGCAUGGGUUGGGCGGGCAGCAUGGGUUGCGGCGCAUGGUGGCGGCAGCAUGGUUGGGCGGGCAGCAUGGGUUGGGGCGGGCAGCAUGGGUUGGGGCGGGCAGCAUGGGUUGGGCGUGCAGCAUGGGUUGGGCGGGCAGCAUGGGUUGGGCGGGCAGCAUGGGUUGGGGCGGGCAGCAUGGGUCGGGCGGGCAGCAUGGGUCGGGCGGGCAGCAUGGGUUCGGGCGGGCAGCAUGGGUUGGGCGGGCAGCAUGGGUUGGGCGGGCAGCAUGGGUUGGGCGGGCAGCAUGGGUUGGGCGGGCAGCAUGGGUCGGCGGGCAGCAUGGGUUGGGCGGGCAGCAUGGGUUGGGCGGGCAGCAUGGGUUGGGCGGGCAGCAUGGGUUGGGCGGGCAGCAUGGGUUGGGCGGGCAGCAUGGGUUGGGCGGGCAGCAUGGGUUGGGCGGGCAGCAUGGGUUGGGCGGGCAGCAUGGGUUGGGCGGGCAGCAUGGGUUGGGCGGGCAGCAUGGGUUGGGCGGGCAGCAUGGGUUGGGCGGGCAGCAUGGAUUGGGCGGGCAGCAUGGGUUGGGCGGGCAGCAUGGGUUGGGCGGGCAGCAUGGGUCGGGCGGGCAGCAUGGGUUGGGCGGGCAGCAUGGGUUGGGCGGGCAGCAUGGUUGGCAUGGGUUGGGCGGGCAGCAUGGGUUGGGCGGGCAACAUGGGUUGGGCGGGCAGCAUGGGUUGGGCGGGCAGCAUGGGUUGGGCGGGCAGCAUGGGUUGGGCGGGCAGCAUGGGUUGGGCGGGCAGCAUGGGUCGGGCGGGCAGCAUGGGUUGGGCGGGCAGCAUGGGUCGGGCGGGCAGCAUGGGUUGGGCGGGCAGCAUGGGUCGGGCGGGCAGCAUGGGUUGGGCGGGCAGCAUGGGUUGGGCGGGCAGUAUGGGUUGGGCGGGCAGCAUGGAUUGGGCGGGCAGCAUGGGUUGGGCGGGCAGCAUGGAUCGGGCGGGCAGCAUGGGUUGGGCGGGCAGCAUGGGUUGGGCGGGCAGCAUGGGUCGGGCGGGCAGCAUGGUUGGGCGGGCAGCAUGGGUCGGGCGGGCAGCAUGGGUUGGGCGGGCAGCAUGGGUUGGGCGGGCAGCAUGGAUCGGGCGGGCAGCAUGGGUCGGGCGGGCAGCAUGGGUUGGGCGGGCAGCAUGGGUCGGGCGGGCAGCAUGGGUCGGGCGGGCAGCAUGGGUCGGGCGGGCAGCAUGGGUUGGGCGGGCAGCAUGGGUUGGGGCGGGCAGCAUGGGUUGGGCGGGCAGCAUGGGUUGGGCGGGCAGCAUGGGUUGGGCGGGCAGCAUAGGUUGGGCGGGCAGCAUGGGUUGGGCGGGCAGCAUGGGUUGGGCGGGCAGCAUGGGUCGGGCGGGCAGCAUGGGUCGGGCGGGCAGCAUGGGUCGGGCGGGCAGCAUGGGUCGGGCGGGCAGCAUGGGUUGGGCGGGCAGCAUGGGUUGGGCGGGCAGCAUGUGUUGGGCGGGCAGCAUGGGUUGGGCGGGCAGCAUGGAUUGGGCGAACAGCAUGGGUUGGGCGGGCAGCAUGGAUCGGGCGGGCAGCAUGGGUUGGGCGGGCAGCAUGGGUUGGGCGGGCAGCAUGGGUCGGGCGGGCAGCAUGGGUUGGGCGGGCAGCAUGGUUGGGCGGGCAGCAUGGAUUGGGCGGGCAGCAUGGGUUGGGCGGGCAGCAUGGAUUGGGCGGGCAGCAUGGGGUCGGGCGGCAGCAUGGGUUGGGCGGGCAGCAUGGGUUGGGCGGGCAGCAUGGGUAGGGCGGGCAGCAUGGGUUGGGCGGGCAGCAUGGGUAGGGCGGGCAGCAUGGGUUGGGCGGGCAGCAUGGGUUGGGCGGGCAGCAUGGGUUGGGCGGGCAGCAUGGGUCGGGCGGGCAGCAUGGGUUGGGCGGGCAGCAUGGGUUGGGCGGGCAGCAUGGGUUGGGCGGGCAGCAUGGGUUGGGCGGGCAGCAUGGGUUGGGCGGGCAGCAUGGGUCGGGCGGGCAGCAUGGGUUUGGGCGGGCAGCAUGGGUUGGGCGGGCAGCAUGGCAUGGGUUGGGCGGGCAGCAUGGGUCGGGGCGGGCAGCAUGGGUCGGGCGGGCAGCAUGGGUCGGGCGGGCAGCAUGGGUUGGGCGGGCAGCAUGGGUUGGGCGGGCAGCAUGGGUUGGGCGGGCAGCAUGGGUUGGGCGGGCAGCAUGGGUCGGGCGGGCAGCAUGGGUUGGGCGGGCAGCAUGGGUUGGGCGGGCAGCAUGGGUUGGGCGGGCAGCAUGGGUUGGGCGGGCAGCAUGGGUUGGGCGGGCAGCAUGGGUUGGGCGGGCAGCAUGGGUUGGGCGGGCAGCAUGGGUUGGGCGGGCAGCAUGGGUUGGGCGGGCAGCAUGGGUUGGGCGGGCAGCAUGGGUCGGGCGGGCAGCAUGGGUUGGGCGGGCAGCAUGGGUUGGGCGGGCAGCAUGGGUCGGGCGGGCAGCAUGGGUCGGGCGGGCAGCAUGGGUUGGGCGGGCAGCAUGGGUUGGGCGGGCAGCAUGGGUUGGGCGGGCAGCAUGGGUUGGGCGGGCAGCAUGGGUUGGGCGGGCAGCAUGGGUUGGGCGGGCAGCAUGGGUUGGGCGGGCAGCAUGGGUUGGGCGGGCAGCAUGGGUGGGGCGGGCAGCAUGGGUCGGGCGGGGCAGCAUGGGUCGGGCGGGCAGCAUGGGUCGGGCGGGCAGCAUGGGUUGGGCGGGCAGCAUGGGUUGGGCGGGCAGCAUGGGUCGGGCGGGCAGCAUGGGUCGGGCGGGCAGCAUGGGUUGGGCGGGCAGCAUGGGUUGGGCGGGCAGCAUGGGUUGGGCGGGCAGCAUGGGUUGGGCGGGCAGCAUGGGUUGGGCGGGCAGCAUGGGUUUGGGCGGGCAGCAUGGGUGGGGCGGGCAGCAUGGGUCGGGCGGGCAGCAUGGGUCGGGCGGGCAGCAUGGGUCGGGCGGGCAGCAUGGGUUGGGCGGGCAGCAUGGGUUGGGCGGGCAGCAUGGGUCGGGCGGGGCAGCAUGGGUCGGGCGGGCAGCAUGGGUCGGGCGGGCAGCAUGGGUUGGGCGGGCAGCAUGGGUUGGGCGGGCAGCAUGGGUUGGGCGGGCAGCAUGGGUUGGGCGGGCAGCAUGGGUUGGGCGGGCAGCAUGGGUUGGGGCGGGCAGCAUGGGUUGGGCGGGCAGCAUGGGUUGGGCGGGCAGCAUGGGUCGGGCGGGCAGCAUGGGUCGGGCGGGCAGCAUGGGUUGGGCGGGCAGCAUGGGUUGGGCGGGCAGCAUGGGUUGGGCGGGCAGCAUGGGUUGGGCGGGGCAGCAUGGGUUGGGCGGGCAGCAUGGGUUGGGCGGGCAGCAUGGGUUGGGCGGGCAGCAUGGGUCGGGCGGGCAGCAUGGGUCGGGCGGGCAGCAUGGGUCGGGCGGGCAGCAUGGGUCGGGCGGGCAGCAUGGGUCGGGCGGGCAGCAUGGGUUGGGCGGGCAGCAUGGGUUGGGCGGGCAGCAUGGGUUGGGCGGGCAGCAUGGGUUGGGCGGGCAGCAUGGGUUGGGCGGGCAGCAUGGGUUGGGCGGGCAGCAUGGGUUGGGCGGGCAGCAUGGGUUGGGCGGGCAGCAUGGGUUGGGCGGGCAGCAUGGGUUGGGCGGGCAGCAUGGGUCAGCAUGGGUCGGGCGGGCAGCAUGGGUCGGGCGGGCAGCAUGGGUCGGGCGGGCAGCAUGGGUUGGGCGGGCAGCAUGGGUUGGGCGGGCAGCAUGGGUUGGGCGGGCAGCAUGGGUUGGGCAGGCAGCAUGGGUUGGGCGGGCAGCAUGGGUUGGGCGGGCAGCAUGGGUCGGGCGGGCAGCAUGGGUCGGGCGGGCAGCAUGGGUUGGGCGGGCAGCAUGGGUUGGGCGGGCAGCAUGGGUUGGGCGGGCAGCAUGGGUUGGGCGGGCAGCAUGGGUUGGGCGGGCAGCAUGGGUUGGGCGGGCAGCAUGGGUUGGGCGGGCAGCAUGGGUUGGGCGGGCAGCAUGGGUUGGGCGGGCAGCAUGGGUUGGGCGGGCAGCAUGGGUUGGGCGGGCAGCAUGGGUUGGGCGGGCAGCAUGGGUUGGGCGGGCAGCAUGGGUUGGGCGGGCAGCAUGGGUUGGGCGGGCAGCAUGGGUUGGGCGGGCAGCAUGGGUCGGGCGGGCAGCAUGGAUUGGGCGGGCAGCAUGGGUCGGGCGGGCAGCAUGGAUUGGGCGGGCAGCAUGGGUUGGGCGGGCAGCAUGGGUUGGGCGGGCAGCAUGGGUCGGGCGGGCAGCAUGGGUCGGGCGGGCAGUAUGGGUCGGGCGGGCAGCAUGGGUCGGGCGGGCAGCAUGGGUCGGGCGGGCAGCAUGGGUCGGGCGGGCAGCAUGGGUCGGGCGGGCAGCAUGGGUUGGGCGGGCAGCAUGGGUUGGGCGGGCAGCAUGGGUUGGGCGGGCAGCAUGGGUUGGGCGGGCAGCAUGGGUUGGGCGGGCAGCAUGGGUUGGGCGGGCAGCAUGGGUUGGGCGGGCAGCAUGGGUUGGGCGGGCAGCAUGGGUGGGGCGGGCAGCAUGGGUUGGGCGGGCAGCAUGGGUCGGGCGGGCAGCAUGGGUCGGGCGGGCAGCAUGGGUUGGGCGGGCAGCAUGGGUUGGGCGGGCAGCAUGGGUUGGGCGGGCAGCAUGGGUUGGGCGGGCAGCAUGGGUUGGGCGGGCAGCAUGGGUCGGGGCGGGCAGCAUGGAUUGGGCGGGCAGCAUGGGUCGGGCGGGCAGCAUGGGUCGGGCGGGCAGCAUGGGUUGGGCGGGCAGCAUGGGUUGGGCGGGCAGCAUGGGUUGGGCGGGCAGCAUGGGUCGGGCGGGCAGCAUGGGUUGGGGCGGGCAGCAUGGAUUGGGCGGGCAGCAUGGAUUGGGCGGGCAGCAUGGGUUGGGCGGGCAGCAUGGGUUGGGCGGGCAGCAUGGGUCGGGCGGGCAGCAUGGGUUGGGCGGGCAGCAUGGGUUGGGCGGGCAGCAUGGGUUGGGCGGGCAGCAUGGGUUGGGCGGGCAGCAUGGGUUGGGUGGGCAGCAUGGGUUGGGCGGGCAGCAUGGGUUGGGCGGGCAGCAUGGGUUGGGCGGGCAGCAUGGGUUGGGCGGGCAGCAUGGGUUGGGCGGGCAGCAUGGGUUGGGCGGGCAGCAUGGAUUGGGCGGGAAGCAUGGGUUGGGUGGGCAGCAUGGGUUGGGCGGGCAGCAACGCCACGGGCGUGGUCUUGCGCUUCAUUGUGGACCGCAUGGGGAGUGUUGUGCCGUCGCCUCCUGUCCCAAAGAAGCUUGUUGUGAGUGUGUGCACCGUGGGCAGGGCAGCAACGGCACGGGCGCUGGUGUGUGCACUGUGGGCAGGGCAGGGCAGCAGCAGCACGGUCGUUCCCACAACCCCCCCCUCCCCCCCCCCUCACCUCUUUCUUUCCCACACGCCCACUCAACUUUCGUCUUCCCACCCCCCCCCUCACCUCUGUCUUCCCCACACCCCAUCUCACCUCUUUCCUCCCAACAUUCCCCCUCCCGCCAUGCCAGUCCCUCGCUGCACGGCUGGAUCGCUUCCCAAGCUGCGCCUCUCCCGUGUGAGCAAGGAGAGGUGGAUGACAGCCGUGCAGCUGUCUUCCCCCCAACGCAUCACCUUCGAUGGCCGCGGCUUCAGUGACGCGCCCACCGAGACUCCCAAGCGGAACUCGGAGGAGCUAUGGCACAUAAUCAAUGACACGCCAGACGCCCACCCCAUCCACCUGCACCUCAUCAUGCACCGCCCCCUCGCCCGCCGCCCCUUCAACCGCACCGCCUACCGCAACAGCCAGUGCGCCUUCCCUGGCAACUCCUCCGCCAACUCCUCCCUGCCCAGCUGCUUCACGGGGGAGGGGAGCAGCGUGAGAGUGAGUGGGAGGGCGGGCGUGGGGGAGUACGAGCGCGGGUGGAAGGACACCACUGUGCUGCAGCGGGAUGAGGUGCUCACCCUCUGGACCGGCUGGUUCUCCCAGGACGGGUCGCCGCUCCCCUUCAACCCCACGCGUGGCCCGGGGUACGUGUGGCACUGCCACAUCCUGGAGCACGAGGACAACGACAUGAUGCGGCCCCUCAUUAGAGCACAGCUGCAUGCAUUGGUGUGGAGUGGGAAUAAUGUGGCCGUGGCUGGCCGAAUCCCCCCCCGCAUCCGACUCCUCAUUCUCGAUGCACUUCUCAUUCCACUGCGCCGCCUUGCACAACAUCCUUCUGACGUCGCUGCACACCUCAUUCUCUUGGCAUUUCCGCGUCUCCUGCUGCGCCUACCAUCUGCCGCUGCUCCCACACAGCCCCUUACCUCUUCAUGUGCUGCCUUAGCGCGCCGCUUCAUCACUGGUGACUGGCACUCUCUUUUCAGCGAAGCCGUAGCUGCAGCCACUCCAGCCGCUAGACCUCUGCACAUGGCAUCAGCACGUUCUACAGCGCAGCAGGCUCGUCUCAACCGUGCGAAGCGGUUUGCAAAAUGCGGGGAUUGGUCGCGGUCACUGGCAGCACUGGAAGCUGGCGAGCUAGCUCCUCCAUCAUCAGAAACAGCUGUUGCCCUCAGCUCCAAGCACCCACCUGCUGCAGCAGAGAUUCCUGACUGGGUACACACCUUCACUCCUGCAGCCGCACCACAGCUUACCGUCCCUGUUCUCCAUGCCGCUCUACAGUCCGCCCCCCGUGGCACAGCUGCUGGACCUUCUGGGUGGUUCAUUGAGCACCUCAGGGACACGUUUCUUUCUCACCAGCAGCAUCUCCCUUCUCUCCUCCACGUAUUCCAGAACUGGCUGCAGG